AUGUCUGGCACAAAUACAAAUGAAUGGCCUGUCUCUUAUCAUGGAACGGGCAAACAUAACGCACUGAGUAUUGCUGCAGAAGGUUUUAAAUUGAGUAAAGGUGUAAACUUCGUCCAUGGAAAAGGUAUUUAUUCAACUCCGGAACUGGAAGUUGCUAAAUUGUAUGCAAAAGAAUUUCAAUAUGAAAAUGAGAUAUAUAUUUGUCUUAUACAAAAUCGUGUUAAUCCAAAAUAUUUACAAGUUUUUCAAACUGAAGUUGGUACUUACUGGCUGAGUACAGCACCACCAUCAGAUCAAAGUGAUUUAUUAGAAACAGAUUUAAUUCGACCGUAUGCAUUGUGUAUUUUUUAA